AUGGCACUUCUUGCCAGUCCCGUCGCGGGGAGGGAGCGCUCCUUCGUGCAGAUUCUCGUUACUCGUUCAUGCUUGACAUGGCUGCUUCUGUAUGUGACCACCCACCUGACAGCGGACUGCUUCAUCACAUUCGAACAUGGGAAUCUGACACUCGGAGAGCAGCUCAGCAGGGGAAGAGUGAAAGUGCGUGGGAAGCUUGCGGAAUAUGCAGCCAUCAAAACUUUAACGGGGUAUCCUGCAUUCGAACGCUUUGCCUUUCUGCCACUGACGAAGGAUAAGUUGGCUGUUUUGUAUAACUGGUGUCCGGAGCAGGACCGACACGGCAACAGCCACGCCGGAACUAGCCCUCUCGUGCUUUCCUGUCAUGUUCGUGUUGAAUUUUUUGCAUACACGGGUGAGCGAGCUCAGCAGAACUACUACGUAGGAGACACGCUUCAUUUUCGGCACUCUUUCAUGUAUGCAAACCCAGACAAGUAUCCGGAACUGAAGGCCCUCGGAUUCUGGGUCCACGGCCCUCAUGAGGGCGACAAUUCUAACAAAAUCGUGAUUGCCUUCUGGACAGCUAGAUGCAAAACUCCCAGCGACGUGCGCGUGUGCCGGGGAGGCGGCCCCUGCUCAGUGAAUCUGAAGAAAAAUGGCAACCCCCACCGCCCCUCCUGCCUGGCACAACUGUAUGGCGCGGAGUCCAUCACCGUGCCAGCAGGCGACCGCAUCUGCUCUGGAGCGGCAGCCUGGGCGCACAGUUCCUCUGAGUGUUACCAAUACGAGCUCGCUGCCUCUGCAGCGUCCGCACACCGCACUGCGAGCGAAGGCUGGCAAGCGGACUCUUCGGGCAGCAGCCACGGAUACAGGCUAGGCCCUCCAGAGGGCGCCGCGCAGCACAGCGGGGGUUACGGGUCUGUUUUCAUUGCGAGAUUUCGGCCUGGAGAGGAGCAAGAGCCCGAGUGGGAGACGCUCGUGGCUACGGAUGUCUAUCUGGACUACGGGCAGGGGAACACCAACGGGCUCUCGGCAGACCCUGGCGGAGGAACUGCGAGCGAGGCCCGCUACGCAGUCGUCUUUCACACGCACCAGUGGGAAAUGAUGGACGGCAGAGCUGUGCUGUGGCCGCAGUGUCUCACUCAGUUGGUUGCAGACGACGGCAGUCUCGUCGGUAGCAACGGCCUCCUCAACAAAAAGUGCUCAAGUUGCUCUUCGCGGCCCGUGGUACGCGUCCACCCCCAGACUCACAAGUGGGCGAGUGUGUGCACGAAUGACAAGGCCGACGCGCCCGGCGUCUUCAUCAAUGACAACCUCGCGGUGGGCUCCACGGAAGUCCUUCAGAGCGACGCGGGUGCGGCGCACAAUGCAGUUGCGCGGGUCCCUGUUGACACAGACGCUCAAAUUUUGCCAGUUGGAGAGCGAGGCGAAUGGCUGCUGUUCUGGCGGAGAUCCACGUGGGGAGGGGCGGUGGCGCCGGACGCAGCUGACCCGCUGUGGGGGCGCGUGCAGACGGCGAAGCUCAUGAUAGGCAAGUGGAAUGUGGAGGGCAGAGCAGCUUUGAGCUCUGUCAGAGAGAUUACAGGCGGCCUCAGUGUGCUAGAGUACUCUGAACCGCGAAUCAGCCCCCUCGGCCCCCCACAAGGCUCCUUCCUCGUAGGCUAUAGCAGCGCCCUCCGACGAAGCGCCACCUUCUUAGAGAUCACGGAGGACGGGGUUGUCGAAGGGUCGACGCCUGUCGUCGUGGAACGCGUCCUGGGCAGCGCCCUCAGCAAUGCAGCAUUUUCAACCGACUGGAUCCGCCUCGCGGAUGAAUCGGUCUUCUGGCUCACACGGUUCACCCGCGGAAACGACACUGCGUUGGAGGAAGCUCUCUGGCCGAAGGAGGCGAGCCGCGCGUUCACCCUUCAAUUCAUUCGCGUCCGCAAACGCCAGGAGGACCCUACGUGUGUUGCCAAGUGGAACCGCGAGGCACCUUGCGACAGCACGUGCCACAGGAAGGAAGUGGUGGAGGAGUUCGCGCCGGACGAGGCGACUGUAUGCACGCUGCGCAGUGGAGCCACGCGUCUUCCGAGUUGUCUCGAGGACGCCUGCGAACGCCUGGAGAUCGCGCGCGUCUACGAGGGCGUUGGAGGCGCUGCCGAGGCGGCCGCGGACGACCCCAACGCGCUGCGCGUGUCUGACGGAAAUCUCGAGACCUUCGUCACGUUCAACCGUCGCCCGUCUGCCUUUACGGUGCAGCUGAAGGACGCAAGCGACGUGUGGGCGAUCGCCCUGGUGUUCCUGCUCAAGCCCGAAGAGUGGCUACGCGGUCUUCGGUUCACCUGCACGGCCUACAACCGGCGGCACGCCACCCUAGGCUCUCGCGAGGGGUUCCUCGGGCGCAUCGCGCCGCCGAAUGUCAUGAACCGCGACGACGCGUGGGCGGUCUCCUACUGGUCAUGGCACCAGAUACGUCUGUUUGGCGUGUACGCGCUGGAGUGCUCAGUCGACGCAGCGGCCUCAGACGUUGCCUUGGUUUUGGCCGAAGUCCGCUUCGCCGGCAAGCCCUCGGGGGCCUGCCCCCCGAGGGCUUCUUCGGACUCCCCGACUGCCCCGCCGAGCACGAGCGACCCGUCUUCGACGUCUCCGCCCUCGACUGUCAAGGCGAGUGGAGCGAGUGGAGCGUCUGCGACGCGCACUGCGUCUCCACCCGCGUGUUUUCAAAGCGGCGGGAAGCCCAGUGGGGCGGCAGGCCGUGCGAAAUGGUGCAACGAAAGCCGUGUGGAGCUGCGCCACAAUCAGAUUCUCAGAGAGGCGGCAGGCCCCGGGGUCGCCCCCUGUCCCGCGGCGGUCGAGAUGCAGUUUUGUAACAAGGCGUGCCGCCUCAGAUACGACUUCUCGUACACUGCAAGUUCGACCUACCCCCCCGUCACAACGCUGCCCGCCCGGCUAUUCACGAUGCUGCCGCUCUCCACGACCCUCCCUCCGCUCUCCUGGCAGCGCUGGUUCACCGUCGAACGCAUGGCAGCCGCGGCCUGGCUCCUCGCGGCGGCGCUGCUUCUCCUCUUUCUGGGGCUCUGCGUCUGCUGCUCGUUCCGCGCGCCCGCGACCUCCACGCCCGAGCCCGUCGCGUACGCCGCCGACCAAGACCUGCCGCCACGACUGUCGACGUUCACCAGCAUGAGGAGGCGCACCACUGUGAGAAUCCACUCCGCGGCGACAGCGGUCGCUGAGAUCGUCGCCGCUGCGCAGGCCAGUCUCCCGCCCGCGGACGCCUCCAACGUCGAAGAGGGCACGAGCAGGAAAUCCGUCCAGGCGCUGGCGGAGUACGCGCUGGGGGGGAGGGAGCGGCCGCUCCCCCGCGCCGCACUCGACGUGAAGGAAGACAGGCGCGCGCGCGGCACGCGGCGCACCCUCGCGGAGGACGCCUCUCCCGCGGCCAGCUCGUCACGCAGUUUCGCCGACGCGAACGAAGACUCCUUCGGCCUGGUGCCUAUCGAGAAAGCCACAGAGGGCUCCGCGAGCAUCUGCGAGUCCGCGCCGAGGUCGCCAGGCGACGGCGACGCAGAGUCCCCUGCGCGCCAGGCGCGUCGUCUCCGAUUCGUUAAAGCCUUCCACGGUGACGCGUCGGACGGGGCGGGCGGCCAAGGCGCUCGUUUCAGGCCCUCGGCAUUCGCCCCUCUUCCGCCCUCGCCUCGCUGUAGCACGCCCCACGCGGCACGUGAAGACGCAUUGUGGGAGGCUGCCCACGCAGCCGCAGCGUUCAAACCCGCUUCGGAAGAUGUCUCUGUUCGCCGAGACGCGCCGCACGCGAAGAGGGAAUCGGCGGCUGGGGCUCGAGACUGCGGCAAAUCUUGGCGCGGCCGGUCAUCGCCUCCCGGCGACGCUCAACGCAGUAGUCAGGGGCGACAGGCGGCGCUUGACGCGGAAAUCUGA